GAAACGAAAUAAGGCUAAGAAACAAAGAUAUUCUUCACCUGGCCUACCUCCACCACCUUCAUGUGAUCAUUCUGCUACAGAGGCUUUUAAGUGUACCAAAGUGAGUUACCAGGAUGUACGGCGAAUGCACCAGAAGUUUUAUGAAAACCCAAACAGAGAAGCCCAACAGAAUUUCAUCCUCAGAUAUGUCACAGUAAGUCAACCCGCACAGGAGAGGUCAAGAAGUAGAGAUGAAUCAAGCCGGAAUAGAAAGGUAACAACAAAGUAUUACAUACCUGUAUUAAAGUGUGGCCGACCAGAACUAGUUCCAGUAUGUAAAAAACUCUUUGUGAACAUCCUUAGUGUAUCAAGAGAUAGAAUACAGUUAUUGUGUAAAAAAUUUCUUGAAUUUGGGAAUGCACCCAAGGACGAACGUGGAGGGGACACUAGAUCAUUAAAAUAUGCAGACCAAAAACAGGCUGUAAAGGCUUUUAUAGAAUCCCUACAAGUUUUAGAAAGCCACUACUGUCGGCGAAAGAAUAUUACGC